AUGGCCUCAAUCCUUACACAGACAUGCAAAGACUUGCAAAGACAAGUGUUACAUAGUUUUCUGUUAUUAGGACGUGGGGAAGCUGGCGGUGCGAUGGCCUGUGCUGGUUGCGAGAAGCCUAUCCUGGACAAGUUCCUCCUGCAUGUGUUGGAGCGAGCCUGGCACGCUGCCUGCGUCCGCUGCGCCGAUUGCAGGGCUCCACUGGCUGACAAGUGCUACUCCAGGGAUAACAAGCUGUUCUGUCGCAAUGACUUCUUCAGACGCUACGGCACUAAGUGCAGCGGCUGCGGCCACGGCAUAUCUCCAUCAGACUUGGUCCGCAAAGCGAGAGAGAAGGUCUUCCAUCUCAAUUGCUUCACCUGCCUCGUCUGCAGGAAGCAACUGUCCACCGGCGAGGAGCUUUACGUUCUGGACGACAACAAGUUUAUAUGCAAAGAGGAUUACUUAGCUGGCAAGGCGCCGACGCAGCACCCGGAUUCCCUCCUCGGCUCAGGCUCUGACGAAGAGGAGGAAGAGGAAUCCCGUGCGGGGAACAAUUCUAGCAGCCCUGCCCACGCUCCCCACCCAGCCUUGCACCCGGACCUCUCGCAUAACGGAGAUGCUAAACCUCAUGAGGACUCGGAAGACCAGUUCUUCUUCUUCCCAUCCCAGGGUUCGUUAGACGGCGACCCGGAGACCAGGGAUUCACAGGCCGAGAACAAGUCACCAGACGACGGCAACGGAGGUUCUAAGAGGAGGGGUCCAAGGACGACGAUAAAAGCAAAGCAGCUCGAGAUACUGAAGUCUGCCUUCUCACAGACGCCGAAGCCGACCAGACAUAUCCGGGAACAGCUGGCCAAGGAAACCGGAUUACCUAUGAGGGUCAUACAGGUUUGGUUUCAAAACAAGAGGUCAAAGGAGAGACGUUUGAAGCAGUUGACAUCUAUGGGAAGGGGUCCUUUCUUUGGUUCUUCACGCAAGAUGCGAGGCUUCCCAAUGAAUCUGUCCCCCGGGGGACUCGAGGAGGGGCCUCCGGGGUUCCCAUACUUCGCGACAGCAGAUGGCAAGUUCGAGUUUGGAUAUGGCCCGCCGUUCCACCAUGAUGCUCCAUUCUUCCAUCCUCCACCGAACAUGCCCUUCAACCAGCCAGGUCGUUUCGCAGGUGGUAUGGAGUCGCUGCAGGGCGGCGAGUUCCCUGAGCAGUUCCCCCCGCCCGACCACCUAGUGCUGCCGCGACCCUCGUCCCCGGAGUUCACUUUCGGGGACGCCCCGCCCCCCCUGCACCCCGAGGGGCUGGUCUGGUAG